AUGGCUAACCCAUCUCCAGCAAAGAGCAUAGGCGACCCUGGAAUCACACCGCUGUCUCCUACACACAUUCAGAAUGACACAGACCAGGUUCCGUCAGCAAUGCCCUUUGUGGUCGUGGUGGCCAUUGACUUUGGCACAACAUCAAGCGGCUAUGCUUAUGCAUUCACAAAGGAACCUGAGUGCAUUCAUACUAUGAGGCGUUGGGAAGGUGGUGAUCCUGGAGUAUCCAACCAAAAGACGCCAACCACAAUCUUGCUGACACCGGACAGAAAAUUUCACAGUUUUGGCUAUGCAGCACGUGACUUUUAUCAUGACCUAGAUCCCAGUGAGUCCAAGCAAUGGCUCUACCUGGAGAAAUUCAAAAUGAAGCUUCAUACCACAUCGAACUUAUCCAUCAACACGGAUCUCCAGGCAGCCAAUGGAAAGCGUGUGAAAGCUUUGGACAUUUUUGCUUAUGCACUGGCCUUCUUUAAAGAGCAAGCACUAAAGGAGCUGAGUGAUCAGACAGGUGGAGAGUUUGACAAUAAGGACGUCAGAUGGGUCAUCACUGUUCCUGCCAUAUGGAAAAUGCCUGCAAAACAAUUUAUGAGGGAAGCUGCCUAUAAGUCUGGUCUGGUGUCCCGUGACAACCCCGAGCAACUUAUCAUUGCUCUGGAACCUGAAGCGGCAUCAAUCUACUGCCGUAAGCUCCGCCUUCACCAAAUGGUGGACUUAAGCAACCACACCAAUCAGAAUGGCUUCAGUCCCACUGACAAUGUCAGCAGUACAAUGACCCAAGCCAACAAGGAGCAUGUUCGGCGCAACCGGCAAAGUCGCACUUUUUUGGUGGAAAAUGUCAUAGGGGAGCUUUGGUCGGAGCUGGAAGAAGGUGAUCGUUAUGUGGUGGUUGACUGUGGCGGAGGGACAGUGGAUCUUACUGUCCAUCAGAUUCGUCUCCCGGAAGGUCAUCUAAAAGAGCUUUACAAGGCCUCUGGUGGCCCAUAUGGCUCUCUUGGGAUUGACUAUGAAUUUGAGAAGCUGCUUUGUCAGAUCUUUGGCCAGGACUUCAUUGAUCAGUUCAAAAUCAAGCGGCCAGCAGCUUGGGUGGACUUAAUGAUUGCUUUUGAAUCACGGAAACGAGCAGCGGCGCCAGGCAGGUCCAAUCCCCUAAAUAUUAACUUGCCCUUCUCGUUCAUUGACUACUACAAGAAGUUCCGGGGCCACAGUGUUGAACACGCCCUACGCAAAAGCAAUGUGGAUUUUGUUAAAUGGUCAUCGCAGGGGAUGCUGAGGAUGAGUCCUGAUGCUAUGAAUUCCCUUUUCAAACCCACCAUCGACCAUAUCAUUCAGCACCUAAAUGAGCUCUUUGAGAAACCAGAAGUGAGCAACAUCAAAUUCCUUUUCCUUGUGGGGGGUUUCGCAGAAUCACCUCUGCUACAACAGGCAGUCCAGAACAUGCUUCAGGAACGCAGUCGCAUUAUUAUCCCUCACGAUGUCGGCCUCACUAUCCUGAAGGGUGCAGUGCUGUUCGGGUUGGACCCAAGCAUCAUUAAAAUCCGCCGCUCCCCACUUACGUACGGCGUCGGCGUCCUCAAUCGCUUUGUAGAGGGCAAGCAUCCUCCUGAAAAGCUGCUGGUGAAGGACGGAACUCGCUGGUGCACUGAUGUCUUUGACACCUUCAUUGCCGCCGACCAGUCAGUAGCGCUCGGCGAGAAUGUGAAACGGAGUUACACGCCAGCCAAGCCCUCGCAGCAGGUUAUCGUCAUCCACGUCUACUGCUCUGAGAAGGAGAGUGUGGGAUUCAUCAGCGAGUCUGGCGUCAAAAAGUGUGGCUCACUUCGCUUGGAUGUUAGUGGCACAGAAAGCGCGGCUCCACGCCGUGAGAUCCAGACACUCAUGCAGUUUGGUGACACCGAAAUUAGAGCCAUGGCAGUGGAUGUGUCCACUGGGCGCACAGUUAAAGCUAGCAUCGACUUCCUCAGCCAUUAA